UUGACUACAAUCAGCAGCAUUUUAUAUUAAUUUACAGCUACAUGAAGAAUACAGUAAGAAUUUUAUGUGCUUGUAUAAAAUAAUUGAUCUCAUUAUACACUUGGAGCAUGCUUCCAAUGGUUCUUAGAAGGAAAUGCAUUUAAAGAUGACACUCUUCAGUUCCAGAGCCAGCAGACAACACAGCCCCACAGCCAGGAAUGAAUGAGAAUGUACAGUCUUCAGCGAGCAGCAGCACAAGCAGCAUCGGCGGAAGCACAUCUGCCAUUCCCCAGCCCAACUCUGCCAAACCCUGGCGCAGCAAAUCCCUCAAUGCCAAGCACACUGCCACGUCUUCCAUGUUAUCUGUGAAGCAGCCCCCGCAGGAACCACCGAAACCGCCUGCAAUCGAAAUUACUGCCAAGUCCAAUGCCAAUGGUCAGAAAUCCAUGCUGGAGAAAUUAAAGCUGUUCAACAGUAAAGGUGGCUCCAAGGCUGGUGGAGCCACCCUGGAGAACUCAGGACCUCGUGAUGGCAGCUGUGAAAAAGUGGAGCCUGCUUCCAACUGUGUGGACCUUGGCGAGGCAGAUGCCUCAGCCAAAAGUAUUAAUAGCGCCACACCUGCCUCGAACAGCCCAAAAAUUGCACUAAAAGGCAUCGCACAAAGGACCAUCAGUCGAGCGCUUAGCAAUAAGAAAAGCUCGCCGAAAGGCAGUGAAAAGGAUAAAGAAAAGCAGAAGGAGAAAGAGAAAGACAAAACGAAAAAAGUCUCCAAAAGGGUAUCCAUCUCUGAAAAAACUGAAUUGGAAAAGGAGCCAAAAGAGGAGCCACAGCUCACUGCUUCUGAAAUGCCAAAAAAAUCCUCCAAGCUCUCGAGCUUUAUUCCAAAAGGAGGGAAAUUGAAUGGUGCCAAAAAAGAUCCCCCUGCACCUCAGCAAAGUGGAAUACCAAAACCAGGGCUAAAAACCUCUACAGGGAAAACUACAAGUGCCCAAACUCCUGCAAAGGAAGCUGAGAGACCCCGCAGUGGAAAGCUUAGUGCUGGACUCUCGCUGCAGAAAUCACAGUUGGAUAGUAAGAAUUCCAGUUCUAGUAGUUUAGCCUCCUCUGAAGGAAAAGGGGCCGCAGGGACACCACCUGCAAACAGUAGCAACGCUCAGGCUGCGACUACAGUCAGCACAACCCAAACUACAGGAAGUAACACAGUCAGUGUACAGCUACCUCACCCACAGCACCAAUAUAACCACCCCAACACUGCCACUGUUGCUCCGUUCAUGUACAGGUCACAGACAGACAACGAAGGAAAUGUGAUGACUGAAUCAGGUACAGGAGGAGUGAACAUGGAUACUGUUCUGUACAGCAAAAAUGGACAAACCUGCAUAGAGGACUUGCCCGGGGAGGACCCGGAGACUCGAAGGCUACGGACUGUCAAGAACAUUGCCGAUCUCCGGCAGAACCUGGAGGAGACCAUGUCCAGUUUACGAGGAACACAGAUCACACACAGCACACUGGAAACAACAUUUGAUAGCAGCGUUACCACGGAAAUCAGUGGCCGCAGUAUACUCAGCAUGACGGGCAGGCAAACCCCGUUGUCAUGGCGACUUGGCCAGUCCAGUCCCCGCCUUCAGGCUGGAGAUGCACCAUCAAUGGGGAACGGAUACCCUCCACGGGCCAAUGCUAGCCGUUACAUACAUCCUGAGUCGGGCCGCUAUAUGUAUACUACACCUCUCAGGAGGCAGUUGGCAUCACGCAGCAGCAAUGUAUGCCACUCAGAUAUUCCCGAUAAGACUGGUGAUGACAUGGAUCUAGAGGGCAUCAACAUGGAUGUAGCUGGUUACAUGAGCGAUGGUGAUGUACUCGGCAAGAAUCUACGGACUGAUGAUAUUGCUAGUGGAUACAUGACGGAUGGUGGGUUGGGGCUUUAUACUCGUCGACUUAACCGCUUGCCGGAUGGGAUGGCAGCCGUGCGAGAGAGCGUCCAGCGUAAUACAUCUGUGGGCCUGGGUGAUGCAGACAGUUGGGAUGACAGCAGUUCCGUCAGCAGUGGGAUUAGCGACACAAUAGACAACCUCAGCACCGACGACAUCAAUACAAGUUCUUCCAUCAGCUCAUACGCCAACACACCAGCCACCUCUCGCAAAAACCCGGAUAGCCAGCCUCAGACAGAUGCAGAGAAGCAUUCAGAAAGAAACUCCACUUGGUCUGGUGAAGAAAUAAAGAGGUCAGACGGUGGAUCAGACAGCGGAAUAAAGAUGGACUCCAGCUCGAAGUGGAGGCGAAACCCAUCGGAUGUUUCUGAUGAGUCCGAGAAAAGCAGCUCAAAUAAGAAGACCACAGUCAUUUCCCAGACAGGGUCCUGGCGUCGAGGGAUGACAGCACAGGUUGGCGUCACCACACCGAGGGCCAAAGCAUCUACAAACACACUUAAAGCACAUGGAGCAGCAAAAACCGAUGAUGCUAAGGUGUCGGAAAAGGGCAGACUGUCACCUAAAUCUACAAAUGUCCAUCGGUCUCCUUCAGAUGCAGGCCGCAGCAGUGGGGACGAAGGGAAGAAACCUCCUUCGAGUGCUUCACGUUCGACUGCGGGAACAAACACCUUUGGGUUCAAGAAACAUGGAGGGUCCUCAGGAGGAAUCACUAUGAUUACAGCAAGUGGCGCCACUAUUACCAGUGGUUCUGCAACUCUCGGUAAAAUCCCCAAGUCAUCAGGCCUUAUAGGUAGAUCAUCAGGUAGGAAAGCCAGCGUCGAUGGCUCCCAGAGCACUGAGGAGAAUUAUCUUAUUCUAAAUGCACGCACUAACUUGCAAUACCGCAGCCUGCCUCGACCCAGUAAAUCAAACAGCCGUGGGACUGGAAAUCGGUCUAGUACUAGCAGCAUAGACUCCAACAUCAGUAGUAAAUCGGCAGGUCUUCCCGUUUCUAAACUGAGAGAGCCAUCCAAGGUAGCCUCGGGCAACACAGUUCCUACAUUACCUAACCAGACUGACAAAGAGAAGGGAGUAUCGUCUGACACAGAAAGUGUGACUUCAUCCAACUCUGUCAAAGCAAAUCCUUCACAGAUUGGAACCAACAGCUCUCAGAGUACCCGGCAGCAAGGAUCCAAAUAUCCUGACAUAGCUUCCCCCACCUUACGCAGACUGUUCGGGGUCAAGCCAAGCACUAAGCAAGCUCCUGUCACAACAGCUGAAAACAUGAAGAACUCCACAGUAAUUUCCAAUCCUCAUGCCACUAUGAGCCAACAGAACAGCCUGGAUUCUCCUCCAUCAUGUUUAGGCAGUGGAGGCAGCAGCCCACUCUAUAACAAGACUACGGACAUGAUACAAUCUCCCCUGGCCUCCAGUCCAGCGUCAGUCCAUUCCGCAACUUCAAAUGGUGCACCUUGGGGUGCCAGUCUGAGCAGCUCCUCCACCAUAAGUAAGGAUGGUCCAGGUUAUCAGUCAGUAAAUAGUCUACACACCAGCUGUGAAUCCAUUGACAUCUCCCUCAGCAGUGGAGGUGGUCUCAGUCAUCACAACUCAGCUAGUGGUUUGAUCCCUCCCUCCAAAGAAGAUUCUCUUACCCCCUUUGUGAGGACUAACAGCAUUAAGACAGCUAUGUCUGAGAGGUAUACUCCUUCAUCUCAGCUGCGAAGCAAUGAUGAGACUAAAGAGUGGUUGCGUUCACACUCUGCAGUUGGACUACAGGAGAAUAUCAACAAUUCACCAUUUUCUCCAGGAUCUAGUAUCACAUCACCCUCUGGAACAAGGUUUAACUUUUCCCAACUAGCGAGUCCAACUACAGCUGCCCAGAUGAGCCUCUCAAAUCCCAGCAUGCUACGUUGUCACAGCGUGUCCAAUCAGGAUGGGUCAUAUGAUCCAUACAGUGAUUCCAGAUUCCGGAACAGUUCCAUGUCUUUGGAUGAGAAGCACAGGACAAUGAGUCGCUCUGGAUCAUUCCGAGAUGGAUUUGAGGAAGUUCAUGGCUCUUCUCUAUCUCUGGUCUCCAGCACCUCUUCUAUUUACUCAACGCCUGAAGAAAAAUCACAAUCAGAGAUCCGCAAACUUCGGCGAGAACUCGAUGUUUCCCAGGAGAAAGUGGCAGCACUUACAACACAGCUCACUGCUAAUGCUCACCUUGUGGCAGCCUUUGAACAAAGCCUAGCAAACAUGACAGGAAGAUUGCAGAGCUUAACUAUGACUGCUGAACAGAAGGAUUCUGAACUUAACGAAUUGAGAAAAACCAUCGAACUGCUCAAGAAGCAGAAUGCUGCUGCCCAGGCCGCAAUAAAUGGAGUCAUCAACACACCUGAACUCUCCUGUAAAGGAAACGGUACAUCUCAGUCAGCAGAUCUAAGGAUCCGUCGGCAGCAUUCAUCAGACAGUGUGUCCAGUAUUAACAGUGCCACCAGCCAUUCUAGUGUGGGCAGCAGUGCAGAGGUGGAUUCCAAGAAAAAGAAGAAGAAGAACUGGUUAAGAAGUUCCUUCAAGCAAGCGUUUGGCAAAAAGAAGUCUCCUAAAUCCGCUUCAUCUCACUCGGACAUUGAAGAAAUGAAUACCCCGGAUUCUUCCUUACCUUCAUCCCCCAAGUUUACUCACAAUGGAUCUACUCCCUCAACCCCAAUGAUGAGAACAUCACACUCCAACUCGCUCAUCUCUGAAUGCAUUGAUGGUGAAGCUGAGACCAUUAUACAGCUGCGGGGUGAGCUGAGAGAGAAAGAGAUGAAGUUGACAGAUAUUCGACUUGAGGCGUUAAGCUCUGCUCACCAACUGGACCAGCUGCGGGAGGCUAUGAACAGAAUGCAGACUGAAAUUGAAAAGCUGAAGGCUGAGAAUGACCGUUUGAAGUCUGAAACCCAAGGCAACUGCAGUAGGGCCCAGUCCCAGCUUUCCAUCUCUUCGUCCCCUCGUCAGUCACUCGGCCUUUCCCAGCACAGCCUUAACCUGACCGAGUCCACCAGCCUUGAUAUGCUACUUGAUGACAAUGCAGACGGCUCGGCUCGCAAAGAAGGCAGGCACGUAAAGAUUGUAGUCCGCUUGCAAGAGGAGAUGAGAUGGAAGGAGGAGUCUCGGAUCCGUCAGUACAUAGUUGGCUGCAUUGGGGUCAGUGGUAAAACAAAGUGGGAUGUCUUGGAUGGUGUCGUGCGGCGUCUGUUUAAGGAAUACAUUAUCCAUGUGGAUCCAGUGAGCCAGUUGGGCCUAAACUCAGACAGUGUGCUGGGCUACAGCAUAGGAGACAUCAGACGCACCAAUAAUAUAGAUACACCUGAACUGUUACCCUGCGGCUAUUUGGUAGGAGAAAGCAACACAGUCACAAUGUCACUGAAAGGCUUGUCGGAACACAGUUUAGAUUCCCUCGUGUUUGAGACACUAAUCCCAAAGCCGAUGCUGCAGCGUUAUGUCUCCCUGCUAACUGACCACCGCCGCAUCAUUCUGUCAGGGCCAAGUGGCACUGGGAAAACCUACCUGGCCAAUCGGCUUGCUGAGUACAUGGUGCUCAGGGAAGGCAGGGAAUUGACAGAUGGAGUCAUCGCCACCUUUAAUGUGGAUCACAAAUCAAGCAAGGAGCUGCGUCAGUAUCUUUCAAACCUUGCAGAUCAGUGCAACAGUGAGACCAAUGCAGUGGAUAUGCCUAGUGUGAUCAUCUUGGACAAUUUGCAUCAUGUUGGUUCCCUUGGAGAGAUCUUCAAUGGCCUUUUGAACUGCAAGUAUCAUAAAUGUCCUUAUAUCAUUGGCACAAUGAACCAGGCUACGUCUUCCACUCCUAACCUCCAGCUUCAUCAUAACUUCAGGUGGGUUCUUUGUGCUAACCAUACCGAACCAGUCAAAGGCUUCUUGGGUCGCUACCUUCGACGGAAGCUGAUAGAAACUGAGAUCAGUACCAGAACGAGAAACACUGAAUUAGUCAGGAUCAUUGACUGGAUCCCCAAAGUCUGGCACCACUUGAACAGGUUCCUGGAAGCUCACAGCUCAUCUGACGUCACCAUUGGUCCUCGACUGUUCCUGUCCUGUCCAAUGGACGUUGAUGGCUCAAGGGUUUGGUUCACAGACUUGUGGAAUUAUUCCAUCAUCCCUUAUCUGCUCGAGGCAGUCAGGGAAGGGCUGCAGCUGUACGGAAGAAGAGUUCCUUGGGAGGACCCAGCCAAGUGGGUGAUGGAUACAUACCCAUGGGUUGCCACCCCACAGCAACAUGAGUGGCCCCCUCUGUUACAGCUGAGACCUGAAGAUGUAGGCUUUGAUGGAUUUAUACUAACACGGGAAGGCGGUUGCAGUAAACAGGCUCAACAGAGUGACGCCGAGGGAGAUCCCCUUAUGAAUAUGCUAAUGAGGUUACAAGAAGCUGCAAAUUACUCAAGUCCCCAUAGCUACGACAGUGACUCGAACAGCAACAGCCAUCAUGAUGAUAUUCUCGAUUCAUCUCUAGAAUCCACUCUUUGAUCAAGUGUUCUGCCAAAAUAAUCUGUCACUUCUGUCCAACGUUCCUCUGAACAUUUCCAUGGAACGUGAGGACUUAAAUACUUGACUCAGAGGAGGAAACAAACGAUCAAUAACUCGGUUGCUCACAUUGUUGGAUAGAAGCUUCAGUUUAAAAAGAAAUGGGUCUUCAAGUACAAGACACUUUAAUUCAACUUAACAUAUUGAAAUCCUGGUGGGUGCAGGUCACCCAAGGGAGACUAAAUUUUGGGCUUUCCCCCCCCCAGUUUUGUUUUAUAAACUCAAACUGCACUAUUUCUUCAUUAAAUUGCUGGAGGCGUUUAUGCCAAGCCAAUGAAGAAAUGUUGUACACUGCAUACAAAAGUAGCAACACCUGAUUUUAAAAGGUAUGGAACUGACGUCAUUGUGCCAUGUACUGUCUUGGAAAGAUUUAUCCUAUGCUGCUCUCAACCAAACAGUCAGCAGUCACUGGACAUUCCAACCAACUCCUUCAAUAAUGGAGAGCGAGGGGUCGGGGGUGGGGAGGUGGAUGCAAACCCUCUCAACUCCAGGUGGUUUUGGUGCUAUGUUACCCACCCUUGUUGCUUUUUUGCAGCCGGCUGGGUUAAAAAAAAACAAGCCAAGCACAAGAGUUUGGUCUCAAUUUCAUCCACAGUCUACACCAGUCAACGUAGAAAAUGUUUAGGUUUCUUCGACGAUUGACCAAUAGCCGACUGUCGAAAGGAUGGGCGGUACUUUUCAAGACCGUGAGAAACAGACUCUGGGACGCUUGGUUGAGCCAGAAAUCAAUAUUGAAGAUCCCCAUUUUCUCCUCCUCUCACUUUCCUUAUUGAAAACGCACGCACACACAUUUUGAUUGUUACUAAGGCUUGUCUCCUCACCAGGACUGAUAACACCUCCACUGGAAUUGCACUUUUUCUUUGCAAAAACACAAAAGAAAAGCUGGAUUGAGCUGUACCUCAGCGAAGAAAAGCAAUCCUUCAGCCAAAUCCACGCAAGCCUUUUUACAACGUCUGGUGCUGGAAAUAAAUGAUGCCUUACUCUCGCUCUCUCUUUUAUACUAAUUUUCCUGUUGCUUUUCUUCGCCAUUUGUUUUGUAUUGUUUCUGAAAACAGGGCUGGAAUUUCAUCUCAAAACAUAAAAAGAACCGAGUUUUUUUUUUGGAUUUGGUGUUGGUUCAAAUGAUAAGCGAGUCUUUGUUAGAAGCAAGACAAACAAGGAGGAAAAUCAACGAUUUCUUGGUUCAUAAUCAGUCCGCAGCUUUAUAGUGUUUGUAUUGUGACAGUGAAUUCAACUACGGUAAAUCGCUAAACUGCAAAUUUGGACCUUUCAUACGAAAGACGAUACUAUCGCUGCAAAAAAAAAUUCUUGAUGGACACUACAAAGAUAAUGAUGUAUAAAUAUUGAAAUCAUCCAGUGACUGAGUAAUAGAUUUUUAAUUGGAGUGCUUGUUGUGCCGUGCUGUUGUCCCUGCUUUUAUGUGAUGCAUUAACACAAAAUCUGGUGUUUAUACAUUUUGGCUGACCAAUGUAUUUCUCUAUACCUCAAUGGGUUUGUUUAUGCUGCCAUAAUCCUGUUGUUACGGUACCCCUGGUCACAAUCUUUUCAAUUGUUGCAUUGAAACUGUGAUGGAAAUGGCUCAGCUCAGAAUGGGUGAAAGGGCGUGAGCCAGUGCUCGAUUAAACUGCUUCUGAGCGUAUUCUUGUUUUGUUCAGAUUUGUAUUUUUUUUUAAUGCUUCCAGAAGUCUUUCUUUACUUCCCUUCACAUCACGGUGUCCAGUUGUUUAAUAGUGUUCUAAGUUUAAGAGGCUAUGCAAUGUUCAUGCUGAUUCUUAACGGAAGCCAAAAAAAAAAAUCUUUUUUUUUUUGAAAACUGCCAACAAUUGUACAGGCUGAAGGAGACUUGUAUAUGGCUUUGGCUUGAUUUCUAGAUGGUGUUUUCUGUAAAUUUUGGGAAAUCUGUUUAAUGAUGAAAUGCUGAUCAUGGUAAUGAUUAUUGUACCAAACCCAUGUUUGUUACUUGUGAUGAUUUUUCACAUGGUUGUUCAAUAGAAAACUAUUUGUAGGAUUUUGUGACCUAAGUGGAGCAGUUGUUUUGAAUGUGUUUAAUAUGAUGUACAUUUUUUUCAUUGUAACAUAAAUUGUAAAUAAUUGAUUACAGUGAUGCAUUUUGAUGAAUUUUCUAGCCAUUUUUAAAACACUAGGAAAUGAGUAUUUUGUGUACUGUAUGCUGUGUCAUCCCAUUUGAAUCAAGUCCUGGUCACUCAUUGGAUUCAAUGGCCUGUACAAGACCAUGCCUCAUUUGAGGAAUAAAUCUAGUUAUUGUACCAGUCUUAAAUUAUUCCUGAUUCAAUAAAAUGAAUGCUUAUUUAUUCAA